AUGAAGACGCUAUUCCCGGUGAAGACGCUAUUCCGGGUGAAGACGCCGUUCCUGGUGAAGACGCUAUCCCGGGUGAAGACUUUAUUCCGGGUGAAGACGCUAGUCCCGGUGAAGACGCUAUUCCUGGUGAAGACGCUAUGCCCGGUAAGGACCCUAUUCCCAGUGAAGACACCAUUCCCGGUGAAGGCGCUAUUCCUGGUGAAGACGCUAUUCCCGGUGAAGGCGCUAUUCCGAGUGAAAACGCUAUCCCGGGUGAAGACGCUAUUCCUAGUGAAGACGCUAUUCCUGGUGAAGACGCUAUUCCGGGCGCUAUUCCGAGUGAAGACGCUAUCCCGGGUGAAGACGCUAUUCCUAGAAAAGACGCUAUUCCCGGUGAAGACGCUAUUCCGGGUUAAGAUGCUAUGCCCUGUGAAGACGCUAUUCCUGCUGAAGACGCUUUUCCGGGUGAAGACGCUAUUCCCGGUGAAGACGCUAUGCUCGGUGAAGGCGCCGUUCCUGGUGAAGACACUAUUCCCGGUGAACACGCUAUUCCUUGUGAAGACGCUAUUCCCGGUGAAGGCGCUAUUCCGAGUGAAGACGCUAUCCCGGGUGAAGACGCUAUUCUUAGUGAAGACGCUAUUCCCGGUGAAGACGCUAUUCCUUGUAAAGACGCUAUUCCGGGUCAAGACGUUAUUCCGGACGCUAUUCCGGGUGAAGACGCCGUUCCUGGUGAAGACGCUAUCCUGGGUGAAGACUUUAUUCCGGGUGAAGACGCUAGUCCCGGUGAAGACGCUAUUCCUGGUGAAGACGCUAUGCCCGGUAAGGACCCUAUUCCCAGUGAAGACACUAUUCCCGGUGAAGGCGCUAUUUCUGGUGAAGACGCUAUUCCCGGUGAAGACGCUAUUCCUGGUGAAGACGUUAUUCCCGGUGAAGGCGCUAUUCCCGGUGAAGACGUUAUUCCCGGUGAAGGCGCUAUUCCGAGUGAAAACGCUAUCCCGGGUGAAGACGCUAUUCUUAGUGAAGACGCUAUUUUUGGUGAAGACGCUAAUCCGGGUUAAGAUGCUAUGCCCGGUGAAGACGCUUUGCCGGGUGAAGACGCUAUUCCGGGUGAAGACGCUAUGCUCGGUGAAGGCGCCGUUCCUGGUGAAGACACUAUUCCCGGUGAAGACGCUAUUCCCUGUGAAGACGCUAUUCCCGGUGAAGGCGCUAUUCCGAGUGAAGACGCUAUCCCUGGUGAAGACGCUAUUCUUAGUGAAGACGCUAUUCCCGUUCUCUUAA